CGAUAAUGAAACUAGAACUGUUACAUUCCCAGUCAGAUACAAAUUUUUUUAUUUUUAUUUUUUAUUUUAUUUUUUUAAUUCAGAAGGCCAAUUCUCAUAGGUAAUUUAUUAUCCUUCAAAAUACCCUUCAGUCAUGUGCCUGACGUUUGUCCUUAUCUCGAUUUCUUUCAUCGUUAUUACUGAGUCGGUUUCUUCUUCCGCAACACCAAGUGUAACUUGGUCGGGAUAAAGCAGUUCGCAUUCCGAUAGUCAUGAUAUUGAAGAUUUUUACAUUCCCUUAACACACAAUAUCUCUUUGCGGUUAUAUCCAUCAAUAAUUCGGGCAAGACGACUCACUUCAGCAGCCAUGGUGUUUCAGACAACCGCCCAGAUACAGCACACGUCGCCUAUCUCCUCGACUGCUGCAACCCCAAAAGCCAUAGAGAUGCUCCACGACCAUGUUUUUUUCCUACAUUGUAAUCCUUAUAUGUCCAAAUUCGAAGUCAUGCCCACUCCGGACCCUACUCCAUCGGUUCCUGACACACUUGAGGUCAAACCUAUCGCAGCACCAGACUGUUAUUCAGUCACAGACCGGAUUCAUACCUUGCCAGCAGGGCUCUGGGAUUCCGAUGUUAUUAGUUCAUAUGAGUUUUUUGACCUGGAAAGCGGUGUGUUUGUGAGAACGCGAGGGCCAAUGGGUCUGGUACUUGAGACUGUUUGGAAGAUUGAAGAAUCUGAGGGUGGAAGCCUGGAGAUCGUGGAACAGGUUUCUAUUACAUGCUCUAGGCUGAUCAUGGGUAUGAUCAAAAGCUCAUGUGAGGCUGGAUGGAAAGGGGUUCAUGGAAAGAUGCUUGAGAGGAUAGCAGAGUCUUCAUAAGCGAAUGCUUUCAACAAUACCCCGAGAACAAUAGCUGGACGGUAAAGCCAGGUAUGGCUCUGAAAUGUGGCGAUAUCGUACUGGGAGUUGUUUCCUCCCAAGGUCGUGUCUUCAAUGUUCACCAACAAUGCUGCCAGGCCUCACGGAGCAAGAAAAUACCAGACCUUUUGAUAGGGUGUUACUAAACUUGUCCUAAGCUUAUACUAAAGUCACCUAAGUUAUUUUGUCACUUAAUUAGGAUCAAGGCCCUGAGUUUUCUUUCCUCCUCUAGCCAGGCACCAAAAGUAGCUCUAAGACCCGAGUUCACGACAGAUGUAGUGCCUACCUUAUGCCCUUGCAGAAAUCAUAGGUAGCUUAAGGAGAAAGUAUGCGUUCCGG